AACAUACACACACACACACCGGAGAGAGGAAAGGGGCAAAGAGGAGCCAACAUGGCUGAAUCAGAAGGAAGCGAGUUAACUUCUGGAGGCAUUUUUCAAGAGAUCUUCACGUCCCCGCUGAACCUGACCCUGCUCAGCCUCUGCUUGUUCCUCCUGUACAAAAUCUUCCGCGGGGACAAACCGCCGGAGCUCGGCGAGGUGGAAAAACCGCUGCCUAAACUGAAGAAGAGAGAUUUUACCCUGGCUGAGUUGAAGCCCUACGAUGGAGUGCAGAACCCGAGGAUCCUCAUGGCUGUCAACGGAAAAGUUUUCGACGUGACCAGGGGGAAGAAGUUUUACGGGCCAGAGGGGCCGUAUGGAGUGUUUGCAGGCAGAGAUGCAUCCAGAGGUCUGGCUACAUUCUGCCUGGAGAAAGAGGCCCUGAAAGACGAACACGAUGACCUGUCCGACCUGAACGCCAUGCAGCAGGAGAGCCUCUCUGAGUGGGAGGCUCAGUUCACUUUUAAGUAUGACUACAUCGGCAAGCUUCUGAAACCAGGAGAGGAGCCCACAGAGUACACGGACGACGAGGAAGGAAAAGACAAAAAGGCGGACUAAAUGUGAAAAUGAAUAAGAGGGAAAAAUGACAGAUGCCUUAAUAUUUGUUUGUAAUUUGAUGCUGGUUGCCAUUCAGAGAAAACUCCUCCAUCUUCUAUAUGCAUUCUAGUAUUUUUGGAUCAUUACAGUCCUGGAUUUUAUAUGCCGACUGAAUUCCUUUCAUCUCCUUUUAUGUUAUGUGGAGAUUAGAUGGCAAUAACAGUUUAAUAUACUGCAGUCUGAUGUAGAGCUGUGCGGGGUUGUUAGAGUUUAGAUCACUCACUGUUAACUUAAACAUGGAUCCUUAGAUUGUUGUGGAGAAUCAAGACUCAAAGAAAAUCAAGGACCAGUUCCAACAUUUUAUGAAGCUGCUGAUGUUUAAAUGUCCUGCAGGUUGAGGUUAGUCGGUAGGCUAAAGGAUGAGAUCGGUUUUGUUCAGCUCACCUCAAUAACGUCCCGUCAAGUCAGUUUGACGAUCCAUAGCUCUAACAUUCACUUUGUUAAUGUCGCUGCUGUUUUAUUGCAGGUUUGGCUCAGCUUGCUUUGAAAUUAAUUAUCUCAGGAAAUUGUAUUGCUUGAAUUGCAUCUCCAGAAUCUUAACAAUGGAAAUGGCGAAUGCAGAAUUAGCACAAGGAAUAAUAAUUCACCCAGAAUAACACACAGGCUGAAAGGAACUACAACAUAGUUGUCCUUUAAACUGAGAGUUAAUGCAGCUAAUUGGACCAAAUGCUGACAAGCUGAAGUAAAUGUUUUUAGACAGUGAAAACAUAAUCACAUACACGCAGUGAAACCAAUCUCUUGUAAGCACUUUUCUCUAUAAACUGCACCUGAUUUUCACCAAACUGCCACUUAUAUUAUGUCAUUAUAUAAGAGAUAAUAUGGCCUGUUAGGGUUUUUUUGUUGUUGUUGUUGUUUUGCUUUGUUUUUUUUUUCUCAGCUUUUAACAUUCCAACACAUCAAAUAUAUUUACUACUCUGAACUGUGUGAUUUUCUGUGCAGACUUCUGUUGACAGCUCUUGUUCCUAAACCGUUCCUGAGAUUUUGAUUUGCAAGUUCACCGAUUUGUAACAUUCACAAUGGCGAUCCAGGUGUUUGUUCACCCCGCAGAGGCUGUCUUAGUUUUCAGUGGUAAUCUCAUGAAAAGCUGAUUGACAGAACAGCAAUUGAAACCAGUUUUCAUAACUGAUUAACCAUUUCAGUCAUUCAUCAAGUCCAAAUAUUGACCAUUCUUUGGUUUCAGCUUCUUAAAUAUGAUGAUUUGCUGCUUUGGUAAAUUGUAGAUUGAAUUUAUUUUGGAUUUUGGACUGUAGGUCGGACAAAACAAGUAAUGUGCAAUGAAAAAAAACUACAAAAAACGAUCAUGAAGCUGUCAUUCACAUGCAGUAUUGUAUUUAAUGUUAAUGACUGUUCAUGACAUAGUGCAGAGGAAAACUGUCUUAAAGUUGGAAGUACAAAGAAAUGGCUCCAGUUUGGUGAUAGUCUCUGAUGACAACUACAACUAAUAGAUUUAAAAAAAAAUGAUUGCAAAUCACAUCAGUUUUCAGCAAAAUUUUACAGUCCAAGUUAGAGUUCCAGGCUGUAAAAAAGCAGACUGGGAGCUUUUUUUUUCUACAAUUGUGCCAGUCUGUUCCUGCAGGAGACUUUUUUUGCAAAGAAAUAUUGUUAAAUUUUGAAUCCUUUAGUUAUAUGGAAGAAGUUAACAUAUUUCUGACUGUAGAAAAAUUGGCUGUUUAAUAAUCUGUUAACAAUAUCUUUCUUUGCCACCAUCAUUCCUUU